UGUGUCUGAUGACAUACUGUAAUGAAAGGACCCGGCUGCACGUGCGGGGGCGCGCACGUCGCUGUCAGAGUUGGUUCUAGCAGGAAAUACAGACUGCCAGUGGAUGUGUCAAAUCCUUAAGUCUAUGGUCAAAUCGCUUCACCAUCCCUAUGAACCGAACAGCCUGAUUUGAGAGAGGAUUUUGUCCAAGAAAAUGCCGGUUGCAAGAUCCAAAACAUGAACAUGGAGUUAAGGAUAAGCCAGCGUUGCUUUGUUAUUGACCUGCAACGAUGCGGAACCCACGAGCCAGCUUGUUAGCUAAAGUAGCAAACCAUCCUGCUUGUUAGCUAAUGCUGCUAGAUAGAAAGCUAGCCAGCAAACAAGCUAAUCAUAUUUGUGGUGGAUACGUUUGUUUUGUUCAAUUCAUCUUUUCAACAACGACGAAUCCAAUAAGUAAUUCUCAUUGGAUAUCGUUUGUCAAUUUUGUUUACCUUGGCUCGUUUCGAUUUAUUUAACGGAGGAAGCAGUUCGGGAACCGGAGCUGUGGGGGGGCCGCGGACAAGACCCCCCUGGGCGUCCAGGCGGACUCAGCGCGCAGCCACGCGGGACGUGGACAGUGCCAGCAGUGAGGAGCAGCCAUGGCUGAAAUCUCCGCCCUCACCCCUUCUCCCCCGGGUAUGUGCGACCACUCCCUCCCUCCUGCCCCCUCCUCUCCCCACGCCCUGCCCAGCAUACCCCCCUCGGAGUCCCCGAAACAGGCCCUCCUUCCGAAGUCCACCUUGUACGGCGACCGCUACACCAUGGGUACCCCUUCUGCCCCUACAGCGAGCACAGCACCCCUCACACCCCCCACACCCCCACCACGAGCACCAAUGUUAGCAGCCACAGCGCCCCUCACACCCCCCGCACCCCCACCACGAGCACCAAUGUCAGCAGCCACAACGGCCCUAAACAUCCCUGAAGCAGCUCCACCCUCCAUCCCCACAGAGAUCACUGUCGCCCAGCCUGCAGAAGGUGCCGUGCCCCCCAGUGAAGGUACAUGUGGACCGGAGAGCAUGGAGCAAGUUCAGACGGGCUCUGUGGCUGCUCCCUCAGAGGCCCCAGGCGUGGCAGACCCAGGGCAGGAGCCGCAGCAGAAGGAGCCCGCUCACUCCCCUGAUCUUAAUCCCAGCCCUAAUCUCUACCCCAGCGUCCACAUCAACCCCAUGUGUCCUAAUCCCACUCCGGUGGAGGUCCUGCCCCCCUGGAAGCCCCCUGCUCAGACCCCCCCUCAAGCAGCAGCCCCCUCCACCCCCCCUACUGCCCCUGCUCCCCCCGCCUCCUCCUCCUUCUCCUUCUCCAGUCCCCCCGAAGACUCUGACUCCACCCAAACACAGACCACCACCGCCUCCGCACCGUCAGCAGUAACGGAAGCAGCACAGGCAGCUCCAGCCACUCUCUCACAAGCACAACCUCCCCAGCCGCCCCCGCGAGAUGCCAAGCCACAGGCCGCCACCACCACCUCAAACCCUCACCCUACCCCAGGACCCAAACCCGUCUCUCCCACCACCCCUGGUGCUGCCCAACGGGCACUGGAGCCCCCGGGCACCCCCUCCAGGACGGACCCCCCCAUUCUGGUGGUGCAGGAGUCGGGCCCCAUGCUGCCCCUGCCCACAGCCCCGUCGCGGCCGGCCCCGGACACGCUGAGCUACCUGGAGUCGGCCAGCAUGAUGUCAGGCACGCUGGAGUCACUGUCUGGACUGGGCGAGGACGGCAGCUCGAUCGGCUCCGACUCGGAGGUCAACGGGCUGGGGCUGCGCCGCACCGACAAGUACGGCUUCCUGGGCGGCGCACAGUACUUCGAGGGCAGUGAGAAGGAGCUCAAAGUGGAGGUGGCGCGACAGAGGGAGAUGAAGUGGCUGGACAUGUUCAACAACUGGGACAAAUGGGUCAACAGACGUUUCCAGAAGGUGAAGCUGCGCUGCAGGAAAGGGAUCCCGUCCUCUCUCAGGGCCAAGGCCUGGCAGCUGCUCUCCGAUAGCAAAGAGCUGCUCGACUCAAACCCUGGGAAGUUUGAGGAGCUGGAGAGAGAGCCGGGAGACCCUAAGUGGCUGGACAUCAUUGAGAAAGACCUGCACCGCCAGUUCCCUUUCCAUGAGAUGUUUGCUGCACGCGGAGGACAUGGUCAGCAGGACCUGUACCGGAUCCUGAAGGCUUACACCGUGUACCGGCCGGAGGAGGGCUACUGCCAGGCCCAGGCUCCCGUGGCAGCCGUGCUGCUAAUGCACAUGCCCGCUGAGCAAGCGUUCUGGUGUCUGGUGCAGAUUUGUGAGAAGUUUCUGCCGGGAUACUACAGCGCUGGACUGGAAGCCAUCCAGCUGGACGGGGAGAUCUUCUUCUCCUUGCUGCGGCGCGUGUGUCCCAUGGCAUAUCGCCACCUGAAGAAGUUCAAGAUCGACCCCAUCCUCUACAUGACAGAGUGGUUCAUGUGCAUCUUCUCCCGCACGCUGCCCUGGUCCUGUGUGCUGCGCGUCUGGGACAUGUUCUUCUGCGAGGGUGUGAAGGUGGUGUUCCGUGUGGGUUUGGUGCUGCUGAAACAGAUGCUUGGCUCAGUGGAUAAGCUGCGGGAGCUGCAGGGCAUGUACGAGACCAUGGAGCGCCUCCGCAACAUCCCCCCUGAGGCCAUCAGAGAGGAAUGGCUCAUACAGGAGGUGAUCACCCUGCCGGUGACGGAGGCUCUGAUUGAGCGCGAGUGCAAGAUCCAGGUGCGGAAGUGGCGCGAGUCCCGCGGCGAGCUCACGCACCAGCCAAGCCGCCGUCUCCAUGGCACCCGCGACAUCUUUGACCAGAAGCGCCGUGCCUCCGCCAUCAGCUCCGGUGGCAGCUUCUCCUUCCUGGGGUCCUCCGUGCCUCCGCCGGGGCCCCUCAGAGCCUCCUCCAGCCUGCUGUCCCUCCCGGGCUUCCGUAGGUCCAAAGCACCCUUUCACUCCCAGCCCAAGAAGGGCUCGCUGUCCGGGCCCUCAGGCAUGGAAGCCAUGCCCCACCACGACUUCUCCGCAGGGAGCUCCCCUUCCCACUCCGCCGUCCCGUACUCCGGAGGGCGGCCUCGUGGGCCCAGCCCGCUGGUGGGGGUCUCCCCCCCGGCGCAGUUGCCUCAGGCCUCUGCGGCCUCGGACAACCGGAAGCUGGCCACUCUGCCGCCAUCGGGUCAGAACCAGCACACACCUUCGCACACGCUCGCCCCCUCGCCCAAAGUGGUGGCAGAGCAUGUCACCCCCACCAUACCCUCACCCACUGCCAACAAUGCCCCUCUGCCUCCCUGUCCCGACCCAGCAACUAAACCAGGAGCAGCAGAGGAAGGCAAGAAGAAAAAGAGAAACAAGGAGGAGAAGAAACGAGAAAAGGAGGAAGAGAAACAGAAGGCCCGAGAGAAGAAAGAGAAGGAUAAGGCCGAUAAGGAGAGGCAAAAGAAGGAUAGAGACAGAGCGGAGAAGGACAGGAAGAAAACGGGCAAAAAGAAGGACAAAGGGGCAGGUGGGGGAGAGGCGGAGGAGAAGAAUGGAGAUCUGGCCUAGUUCCCCUCACCCAGCCGGCCUGGCCAAAGGGUUGCAGCCUCGGAGAAGGGGAUAGGAAAAAAAGAGGACAAGGGAACAAAAGAACCACAGAAGGGUAAAA